AUGUCCUCCCUCGCUAAUUCGCCGGGUGGUGGUCGUUGGAUCGUCGGAUCGUCGGGUGAUAGAGACUGGAAGGUGGCGGAGAUGCUGCAGCUUCUGUUCGCGGUGGCCUUCUCGGCGGUGCCGCUGACGCUUUACGUGCCGCCGAUCCGGAGCCUGAACCCGUUCGUGGAGGCGGUGGAGGCGCUCUUCAGGGAGGUGGCCGUGUUCUCGAUGCGGGCUUACCCGCGGAUCCGGCUUGGCGUCGGCCGCAUCAUGGCCGUCGCCGCCCGCGCGCGCCGUUAGCUAGUUUGGGUGUUUUCCCGGUUUCCUAAAUGUAGAUCGAGGGACGGUUUUGCUCGUUUAGUAAUUUCUACAGCGUUUAGAACAAAUGAGGCACCUUAAUUUUUUAAACAAAUCAGACUCCCCAAUUUGAAUUCCUGGCCGAAAGAAUUAGAGUUAGUUCAAUCGAUUAUAUUGAAUGAGGCACCUUAAUUUUUAGGUCAAUAAUAUUCCUUCUGGGCAGAUUUUACUCAUCAAUUGACUAAAAUAUGUCCAUGAUUUUUUUUUCAUUUUUUUUAAUCCAUCCUCCUGAACUAAAAGUCUCAGCAAAAUCAGGUGAGUUUCAGUGAAUCCUUUGCCUCUUCUCUUCUCUCUACUGACAACGUAGCUAAAGCUUAGAAGUUUACUAGAAAAUCGAUUAUAAUCACUAACAGUCCAUUCUUUGAUUUACUGAAUUUUAUGUUAAAUUUGUAUUUAUAUACGUGUUGCUUUGUUAUUGAGACUUGAUAUUUUACUUCUCCUUUA